AUGGCAGCGCCACAACCGGUUGUGCCAAUUGGAGCUUCGGUGGUUCAAUUCAUUUCCUCGGGCACCAAACCUCCAUCCGACGAUCAAAUCUCAAAAAACGUAACACCUCCCAGAGUACCUCUUCCUUGUCUCUUGAUACCCGAUGAGAGCAAAGGUUUCAAAUCAAUGAUUUUAAAUGGUCCAGAAAACAGUGGAAAAACUAGCAUGGCGAUGAAUUUGGCCUGCUCUUGCGCAGCCUCUUCGGACUGUCCGUGCCUAGACAGAGCGGCUUGCCGUUGUUUGGCUUCGAUAGUUUUUCGCCCUUCCACAGAAAGGGAGACCUCAUUCCCCCCUGCGUGCCACCUCUUUCCUUCCACCGACACAACAUGUGAGGUGCCCUCUCUAUAUUCUCAAAUUCGAGAGAAAUGGAAAAGUGAAGGCGAUUAUUUCCAUCAUGACAUACUUCAACGGAUUCGAAUUGUAUACGUCGACUCGGUCGUAGACAUUAUAACAGAAUUGCUAUCUGUGCUCAAAGAGGAACGGGAUCGUAUUCUCUGCAUCAUAAUUGAUGACCUCGACAAAAUUGCAAGCAGGAGUGAAAAUAGCACAUCUGCCAUCUUGCAAACAGUUGCAGCGACAAUCGAGACAAGAAACGCUUUGGAAAAUAUAUAUAGUGCUGCACCCUCGGUAUUGAUAACUUCAACUGCAUUAAUCAAUGCCCCAUGGAUAGAAGCAAAAGUCUCACUGCGAUUGGAAAGAAGCCCCCCAGUGUGGCAGAGAGAGGCUAUUCAUCAAAGUGCACCUAUUAGUCAUUGGAAGGCUACUAUUCCGUCAGGUUCUUGGAAUGAUACAUCAUCUUCCAGCGUUGAUUACCUGUUCACGAGCAGACCAACAGGGGAAGUUCGAAUCUACUGGAGGAGGGUGUAA